CCUGCAGACCCAGGGCUGUGUUGGGGUGGCGAGGUAUACGCACCCACCCAGGAGUUUUUUUUUUUGCAACCACCUUUUAUUUUUUCCCCUUCCCCAGGGGUUCAAGCAUCUAUUGGGGUGCUUUUGUUUACUUUCUGAAAAGUGCUUUCCUCAAUUCUAGCAUUUUUUUUUUUUACCCUGGUUGUUUCCAAAUCUUCCAAAUUGGACUUUUUCUUUCUUUCUUUUUUUUUUUUUUGUUUUCAAAGCGGAAGGAGUUUUGCUCGGAAAGUCGCUGCUGGCAGAAACUUGGCACCAGGGUGCUGGGAAGCUGGAGACUGAUUGUGCCCACUGAGGGCCGAGCGUGGAAUUUGCACACACACAUGUGGGACUCGGGAGCCGUGGAUGCAGAGGCUAAACCCAACACACAGUGAUGGCCACCGCCUUACCCCGGACGCUGGGCGAACUGCAGCUGUACCGAAUAUUACAAAAGGCCAAUCUGCUCUCCUAUUUUGACGCCUUUAUCCAGCAAGGCGGGGAUGAUGUCCAGCAGCUCUGCGAGGCGGGCGAGGAGGAGUUCCUGGAGAUCAUGGCGCUGGUGGGCAUGGCCAGCAAGCCCCUGCAUGUGCGCAGGCUGCAGAAGGCCCUGCGGGACUGGGUGACAAACCCGGGGCUCUUUAACCAGCCCCUCACCUCCUUGCCCGUCAGCAGCAUCCCCAUCUACAAGUUACCCGAGGGCUCACCCACGUGGCUGGGCAUCUCCUGCAGCACCUACGAGCGGAGUAGCGGUGCCCGGGAACCCCACCUAAAGGUGCCCAAGUGCGCUGCUGCCACCUGUGUGCAGAGCCUGGGGCCGGGCAAGUCCGACGUGGUGAGCAGCUUGGUGCUGCAGGGCAUUGGUGAGUCCCGACUCUGGCCUGGCCCCCAUGCCUCCGAGAGUGAGCACAGCCUCUCCCCUGCGGAGCUGGGCUCCCCGGCCUCCCCUAAGGAAAGCAGCGAGGCCCUGGACGCGGCUGCGGCACUGUCGGUGGCCGAGUGCGUGGAGCGCAUGGCUCCCACGCUGCCCAAAAGCGACUUGAACGAGGUGAAGGAACUGCUGAAAACCAACAAGAAGUUGGCCAAAAUGAUCGGGCACAUCUUCGAGAUGAGCGACGAGGACCCGCACAAGGACGAGGAGAUCCGCAAGUACAGUGCCAUCUACGGGAGGUUCGACUCCAAGAGGAAGGAUGGGAAACACCUAACGCUUCACGAGUCAACCGAAGCAGCUGCUCAGCUCUGUGCCAAGGAUAACGCCCGUGCUAACCAGGAGAGAAGACUCUUCGCCUUGGCUAGGCAAAUCUCGCGAGAAGUCACCUACAAGUAUACUUACAGAACUACUAAGUCAAAAUGUGGAGAAAGAGAUGAAUUAUCCCCCAAAAGAAUUAAAGUGGAGGAUGGCUUUCCAGAUUUUCAGGAUUCCAUGCAAACACUUUUCCAGCAGGCUAAAACUAAAAAUGAAGAACUUGCCAGUCUUAGUUCACAGCAGCCUGAAAAGGUGAUGGCAAAGCAGAUGGAGUUCCUUUGCACGCAAGCUGGCUAUGAGAGACUGCAGCAGGCAGAGAGGAGACUGUCUGCAGGACUGUAUCGACAAAGCUCCGAGGAGCACAGCCCUAAUGGCCUGAAUUGUGAUAAUGCAGAUGGACAAGUAGAAAGACCUUUGAAUCUCCAAAUGCCUCAUUUGCAGAACCGACAGCCCCACCACUUUGUGGUGGAUGGGGAGUUGAGUAGACUUUACUCUGCCGAGGCCAAGUCCCAUUCAUCAGAGAGCCUUGGAAUUUUAAAAGACUACCCUCACUCAGCUUUUGCUUUAGAAAAGAAAGUUAUCAAAACAGAACCUGAAGAUUCAAGAUAGCUACGAUUCUCCCACUGUUCCCUUGGAAGCGGCUUCAGAGUUAAGGAUAAUGCUCCAUCAUAGAAAUAAGCCUUAAUAACCAAUGUUGCCUCAUUCAGCCCAAAUGGAUUUCAUAGCCAAAGCGUGACUGAUGCUAGAGUCUGUGGAGACCAGGAAAUCAAAGCAGGAGCCACACAAGAGAAAAGUGA